CUUCAGUUGUCCAAUCUGACCCGCCGAGCCAGAACGUGUGCCCAUCUGGGGGAACAGAAACAAAGUUGUAGAUUCCGUAAUUGUUGUCUCAACGUUACUUGUAUGGUAUAUCCUCAACAUUUGGCAUCAGACAAAAGCAAUGGACUUCAUAAGGAAGAUUCUACCUAUGGUUUACCUAAUCAACAUCAGAUAUCAACAUGUGAGAGGGACGUCUUCUAGAUCGUUCGAUUGGCUACAGGACGUGGAUGGCGCUGACCGGUCGUACGGACCAUCACUGUUGACCACUACCGAGUUAUACCUGGUCAUCUGUCUACUCGGCUGCUCGAACACGGCUAAAUGUAAGGCAGCUACAUAUAACAAUGGAACUGGAGAAUGCAACUGUCUAGAAAGGAAGACGGGUAUGACGUCACAACUUGGAAAUCGCCUUUGGAACCGCCAUUUUGAUGGUUUCUUGUAUAAUGCACAACUGGAAUGGCAUAUCGGCCUGUUCCUAAACAUACAGAAAACACAAGCUGAGGCGGAGUCGUUCUGUGGUACUCUGGAGGGGAGAUUGGUCGUCCUAGAUACAGACGAGAAGCUGAAUUACUUCACAGGACUGUCUGACUACCAAGCUGGAAGAUUCAUCUUUGUAGGCUCGACGGAUGAGGAAACUGAACGGUCGUUUGUAUGGAGUAACGGCGCUAACCUUACAACCAAUUGGUAUACCAAUGAACCAAACCAUUACCGUGACGAAAACUGUGUUGCUAUAUAUCACUCUGCUUUCAUUGACAUCUCGUGUGCAUCCAUUUGUGAUUUUGCAUGCGAAAUUGUGUAGAAAUGGUACUCUUGUUUGACAUUAACUUUUACAGAGUAUUUUGUGUGACCGUUAUAGUAUACUUUUAACGUUUAUAAGGCUUAAACAUCAAACAAGCAAUAAAGGAGCGAGAUUUAUCGGGAAACUGUGAUGAUCCGAUAUUUAUUUCUUAAAGGGGUGUUUGUGUAUGUGCAUCUAAAGACUUUGUAACAGCAAAUAUUAUAUAAAGACAAUGCUUACUAAUGAUAAGUGUCACAA